AUGGGGGCCGUCCGCCGGGCACCUAUCCUCACCUCUUGUGAGGAUGAGGGCCGGCCGCCAGAUGGCAUAAUACCAACAUGCUUCUGGGGCAAUGAUGACAACCCUCCAUGCUUCUGGGGCAAUCUUGACAACCUUCCAUGCUUCUGGGGCAAUGUUGACAACCUUCCAUGCUUCUGGGACAAUGCUGACAACCUUCCAUGCUUCUGGGACAAUGCUGACAACCCUCCAUCCUUCUGGAACAAUGUUGACAACCCUCCAUGCUUCUGGGACAAUGCUGACAACCUUCCAUGCUUCUGGGGGAAUGCUGACAACCUUCCAUGCUUCUGGGACAAUGCUGACAACCAUCCAUGCUUCUGGGACAAUGUUGACAACCCUCCAUGCUUCUGGGACAAUGUUGACAACCUUCCAUGCUUCUGGGGCAAUGCUGAAAACCUUCCAUGCUUCUGGGGCAAUGCUGACAACCCUCCAUGCUUCUGGGGCAAUGCUGACAACCUUCCAUGCUUCUGGGGCAAUGCUGACAACCCUCCAUGCUUCUGGGACAAUGCUGACAACCCUCCAUGCUUCUGGGACAGUGCUGACAACCUUCCAUGCUUCUGGAGCAAUGCUGACAACCCCCCAUGCUUCUGGGACAAUGUUGACAACCCUCCAUGCUUCUGGGACAAUGCUGACAACCCUCCAUGCUUCUGGGACAAUGCUGACAACCUUCCAUGCUUCUGGGGCAAUGCUGACAACCCUCCAUGCUUCUGGGACAAUGCUGACAACCUUCCAUGCUUCUGGGAUAAUGCUGACAACCCUCCAUGCUUCUGGGACAAUGCUGACAACCUUCCAUGCUUCUGGAGCAAUGCUGACAACCCUCCAUGCUUCUGGGACAAUGUUGACAACCCUCCAUGCUUCUGGGACAAUGCUGACAACCCUCCAUGCUUCUGGGACAACGUUGACAACCCUCCAUGCUUCUGGGGCAAUGUUGACAACCCUCCAUGCUUCUGGGACCAUGCUGACAACCUUCCAUGCUUCUGGGACAAUGUUGACAACCCUCCAUGCUUCUGGGACCAUGUUGACAACCCUCCAUGCUUCUGGGACAAUGAUGACAACCCUCCAUGCUUCUGGGACAAUGAUGACAACCCUCCAUGCUUCUGGGGCAAUGUUGACAACCCUCCAUGCUUCUGGGACCAUGCUGACAACCUUCCAUGCUUCUGGGACAAUGUUGACAACCCUCCAUGCUUCUGGGACCAUGUUGACAACCCUCCAUGCUUCUGGGACAAUGAGGACAACCCUCCAUGCUUCUGGGACAAUGAUGACAACCCUCCAUGCUUCUGGGGCAAUGUUGACAACCCUCCAUGCUUCUGGGACAAUGUUGACAACCCUCCAUGCUUCUGGGACAAUGUUGACAACCCUCCAUGCUUCUGGGACCAUGUUGACAACCCUCCAUGCUUCUGGGACCAUGUUGACAACCCUCCAUGCUUCUGGGACCAUGUUGAUAACCCUCCAUGCUUCUGGGACCAUGCUGACAACCUUCCAUGCUUCUGGGACCAUGUUGACAACCCUCCAUGCUUCUGGGACAAUGAUGAGAACCCUCCAUGCUUCUGGGACAAUGAUGACAACCCUCCAUGCUUCUGGGACAAUGUUGACAACCCUCCAUGCUUCUGGGACCAUGUUGACAACCCUCCAUGCUUCUGGGACCAUGCUGACAACCUUCCAUGCUUCUGGGACAAUGCUGACAACCCUCCAUGCUUCUGGGACAAUGUUGACAACCCUCCAUGCUUCUGGGGCAAUGUUGACAACCCUCCAUGCUUCUGGGACAAUGAUGACAACCCUCCAUGCUUCUGGGACAAUUUUGACAACCCUCCAUGCUUCUGCGGCAAUGUUGACAACCCUCCAUGCUUCUGGGACAAUGUUGACAACCCUCCAUGCUUCUGGGACAAUGUUGACAACCCUCCAUGCUUCUGGGACAAUGAUGACAACCCUCCAUGCUUCUGGGACAAUGCUGACAACCUUCCAUGCUUCUGGGACAAUGUUGACAACCCUCCAUGCUUCUGGGACAAUGCUGACAACCUUCCAUGCUUCUGGGACAAUGUUGACAACCCUCCAUGCUUCUGGGACAAUGCUGACAACCUUCCAUGCUUCUGGGACAAUGUUGACAACCCUCCAUGCUUCUGGGACAAUGUUGACAACCCUCCAUACUUCUGGGACAAUGAUGACAACCCUCCAUGCUUCUGGGGCAAUCUUGACAACCCUCUAUGCUUCUGGGACAAUGUUCUUCUGGGACGUGUGGUUCGACCACACGUGUGUGAAACAGUCCUAUAA